AUGACCGAAGCAAAAACAAACGUACCCAUUGAUGAGCAUGAGGAAUCGGCAUACCCCAAUGUACAGGCCCUUUUCCCUGGGAUUCAUCGCGACGAAAAUGGUACCCCGUAUUACAGCGCCGGUGGCGGCGAAAUAUAUUACAGUGGCACCCCUUUUGGGAUGCUUCAGAGCAUCUUCGACUUUUUAAUUGAGGAGAACAAGCGCGUGGAUUAUUCCUCCUCGGCGUUCGUCGGCCUCGACGCCCACACCCGUUCUCCGCUGUGGAUGGAGCAUAAAAACACCCACAUUGAUGGUACCAUCGUCCCAGACGAAUCCAUCGCUGCGGAUCCCAAACACUGGCGGACGAAGUACCGCAAGGAGCUCGACAUCGCCGAGGCGAUUGAGGAGGCCCGCAAGCAGGCCCGAUUUGAAUCCAAGAAUGAUUUCUUCGCUGUUUGGGGGUGGGUUCGUCGAAGGUUCAACUUUUCCACCCCGCCAGAGGGGGCCCAGCCGACGGUAAAGGUCGAGGCGCCGCCUAGCGCGGAAACGAAGAAGGAGUUACCGCUCGGGGUGUUGGUGGAGAAGUCGACCGGGAGCGAAGGGAGCGUGUGGAGGGCGCUGAUGCAUUCCGUGGAGUCCGGCAAGCCGCUUGCCAAGGCGGCCAAGGAAUACCGCCCCCGCAUCAGUUUCUACGGUCUGGAUCCGUUUCUCGACUCAUCGUACUCGCUGAUUUGGUUUAGCGUCAAGUGUGGAGUCGGUAUUGGGCUCCUACAAGGGACAAUGCGUGCGGUCCAGACGAUUGACGCCGACAUUGCGUUUCUGAAGGCCUCCGGGCUUGGGGUGUUGUCAAUACUCAACAUGUCGGUUUUCGCGGGCGUGGUGAAGUGGAGCGGCAAUAUGGGCGUACUCGCGGCUGCUUUCUGUAUUGGGGAUCGGUUGGCGAGGGGCGUAAAGCGUCGCCUACUUCCAUCCCACGAUGCGGAGCGGCGGUCACAAUUUAAUUAUAUGGUGGGGUUGGCAUUAUCAGGCUCUACGGUAGGUAUUAUGCCAUGGUGGAUACUUAAUGACGUGAAAUUGGCUGGCCGAUUGGCGAUAUCAGGCGCUUUUUUGGGAGGUGUAUUGGGGAUGGGUGUGGGACUGGUCAUUCAGCGGCUUGUGGCACUGAACAUAUCUAAAUUGGACGCCACAAACCGUCAGUUACGGUGCUAUGAGGCAUUUAUCAUGCGUCAACACAAGUGGCUGGAGCAGGAGUAUCAGAAGCACAAAUAUGAGAAUGCCGUAUGGUGGUAG